CAAGUGCUGAAAUGCCCUGGUUCUAAGCAUCCCUUAUCUUCGACACCAAGUGACAGCAUUUCUCCUGGAUGAUGGCUCUGUCUCUCAUACAAGUACAAGAAUGGCAGCUAGGAGGACCUCCAGAGGAGAUUCUUGUCCUGUCAUUUUACUGACAGACGUGCUAUUACAGGCUCUUUUCCCAGAAGUUGACCGAAGAAGCUCAAGUGCUGCUGUUUCUUCCCUCCCAAUCUGGUGGCUCCUCUGGUAAUGGACUGCUUGUCUCUGAGCUUCCACCCUGGAGAGACCCCCCAGGUCUAGUCCGUGAACUCAGCUGGGAAACGUCACUGGUAAAAAUGACUGAAGAGCCCAUAAAGGAGAUCCUGGGAACCCCAAAGUCUUCCAAGCCACUGACAAUGGAGAAGAGCCCCACCAGCGAAGUGGUGGUCACCACAGUCCCCUUGGUCAGUGAGAUUCAGUUGACGGCUGCUACAGGGGGUGCUGAGCUCUCCUGUUACCGCUGCAUCAUCCCCUUCGCCGUGGUGGUCCUCAUCGCUGGGAUAGUAGUCACUGCUGUGGCUUACAGCUUCAAUUCCCACGGCUCCAUCAUCUCCAUCUUGGGUCUGGUCCUCCUGUCUUCUGGACUGUUUCUGUUAGCUUCCAGUGCCCUGUGCUGGAAGGUGAGGCAGAGGAGCAAGAAAGCCAAGAGACGGGAGAGUCAGACGGCUCUUGUGGCAAAUCAGAGAAGCUUGUUUGCUUAAGACUGAAUGAGACCAAAUGGGAUAUGUGGCCUGAAAAUCUCCCUCUCACUGUGUCGUCCAAUUCACCCAGAACUAGGGUGGGAGAGAAUGAACAGUGCAUUGCAGCAGACCAGAGGAAUGGGGGUGAAUUGGGGCGGGGGGUGGGGGGUUCCGUCUUAUGAAGAACUUACUUGUGUCUUCUUUAUUGACAAACUUAACUCUAAGGGCUAUUUCUAAGACUGAAAAAUCAACUUUUUCUCAACACUAAACAUUUGAGGGGUUGUGGGAGGUGCAUGGCAUUAGACAAGAUUCAGUUCACCUUGGGAAGUAGCCAAGGAAAGAUGAGAAACUAGUCAGCUAGUUCUGGCACACCAGCAACCUGCCUCAAAACAAAAACAAAAACAAAAACCCACACUUUUAAGAAGUUGUGUCAUAAAAAAAAAUAUUCUGCCAAGAGUCUAAAUCACCUUGGACUUUGCAUACUUCUAUGAAAUUCUGUGAUAAUAUUUUUUAAUAAGUUGAUUCUCUGGCAUCUAUUUUUUUGCUUUCCAUAACUCAUCACCGGUGGUACUUUUCCUUAAAGAAUAAACUAAUAUUUUUUAUGUUUUAACAUUGGACAGUUUUAGAUGAGUCAGAAGUUAAAAGGCAAAAGAUGUAGCUACUAAAUGGUGGGGGGGGGGGUUAAAUUAAUAUUAAAAUAAUCCAACCUAGCACUUUUGAUGAUUUUUAUAUUGUUUAAUGUACAUUUCAUUCAAAAUAAUAAAUACUUAUUGCUGCUGAAAUUUCUUAAA